GAUUGGCGCGGAGCUGAGGGGCGGGACCGGGCGCGAGGCGCGGCGGGCGAUGGAGGCGGGCGGCGAGGCGCGGGACGGGAGCGGGGUCUCGCUCUCCUUUCGUUUCCGCUGUGCGCUGCGAGCCCGCGGCCUGCAGGACAUCAGCGGCGACGGCGGGGUGCUCAAGGAGCUGCUGCGGCCCGGCACCGGGCAACCCGUGCCGCCGGCUGCCACCGUGGCGGUGAAGUACUCUGGGUAUCUGGAGCAUAUGGAUAAGCCCUUCUGCACAAACUGCACCAAGAAGCUCCCGAGGCUGAUGAAGCUUGGAGAAGACAUUACGCUGGGGGGUCUGGAAAUUGGUGUGCUCACGAUGAAGAAGGGAGAGGUGGCAAGGUUUAUCUUCGCACCAAACUAUGCCUACGGCCAGCAGGGUUGCCUUCCUCUGAUCCCCCCAAAUGCCACGGUCUUAUUUGAAGUGGAACUGAUAGACUUCCUAGACUCUGCUGACUCCGACACGUUCUUUGCGUUGACAGCUGAGCAGCAGGAUACGUUUCCUCUACAAAAGGUGUUGAAAGUGGCAGACGUGGAGAGAGAGUUUGGCAAUUAUCUCUUCCGUAAGCAGUGCUUUGAGGGUGCCAAAGACAGAUACAAGAGGUUCUUUUCCCUGUCUGCUCAGGCGUACUCCAUCCUUGGUCGCAGCCCUUCCAGCGAGGCAGAGCUGUGUCAGAUUGAUGCUUCCAAGUUGCUGGUGCUCCUGAAUCUCUCGAUUACCUGCCUGAAGCUGGAAUGUCCUGCCCGAGCUCUGAUGUAUGGGGAAAAAGCCUUGGAGAUUGACAAAAGAAAUGUCAAGGCGCUGUUCAGGUGUGGCCAGGCUUGUCUCUGCAUGGCAGAAUACGAAAAAGCUCGGGACUUCCUGAUCAGAGCUCAGCAUAUAGAGCCGUUUAACCACGAUAUUAACAACGAACUGAAAAAGCUGGCAAGCUGCUACAGAGACUACUUGGACAAGGAGAAAAAAAUGUGCUGCCGAAUGCUUGCUGCUCCCAACUCUUCUUCGUGACCAGGAAUAAAGGACUUCUCCAGCUGACGAAAGGAACGGUCCUUGGGCGAAAAGGAGACCUGUCCCUGGGCACGUGGAGGGUGUGAUGUUGGAUCUGUGUGUUUUGGGAGAAGCACGACGUGGAGCUCCUCGUGUGUGCACAGCGUGGUUUUCCUGAAGUUGGUUUAUUUAGCAAUUCCAGGGCUGUUUGUAGAAGAACCGAGCCCUUUAUUCUUCCAUGAACAUUCCUUGAACGUUCCUGACAUCCCACCUCUUGCAGAUUAUGGGCUGCUUUAAGGGAAUCUGAAAGUACAAGUAGGAUGCCAUGAGUUUUGUAUUGCUUAUACAGAUUGUUCUUUAAAAGGUUAUGUUUAAUAUUGUUUUUGUUCUGAGAAAAUAAACCGAUCUGAGAACUAGCGCUGGCAGGACCUGUGCCAGUUUAUUGUGCAAGAGUGAUUAAUGUCUCUUUCAGUGUAAGGAACUGGAAUUUGGAAAUAGAGUCCAGUUUGUUAAUGUAGCUAACUGCUUGGGCAACAGCAUGCUAUGCUCUUUGUUUUGGCUGAACAUUCCAGUGAGUGUUAAUACUAUAUUUCAAAUUACCUCAGAAUACCAUCUUUUCCCCUUCAAAUAUUGCUGACUUUCCUAGUGUUGAUCAAGUUGGUUUCCUUUCGGAGCAGAACACGCCGUGUUCCCCCUGCAUCGCUCUGAACGCAGGCACGGCUGAGCUGAUAAAUGCAAAACCUCUUGGUGAGGUGGCAGCAAGGCAGUGUAGAAGCUGCAAGAAGCCACGUGGAUUCUGCAAAGAAGGAACCCGGUAACUCGGAACACUGUUUUAAUGAUUUCUCCCAUCCGUGUUUGACUAGUUUGGAUAAUGUCUUCUAAGCAUAAUUCAGUGCCUUGUUGUUGACUUGCAGGGCAGGGAGAGUUGCCUGUGGUCAGUGUGUGUUCCAAGGUGGCCUCUUGCCAGGAGAGAAACGUCUGAAGUGCUCUUGUUUUCCCCAGUUCUGCCGACAUCUUUAUGGCUUUUUGGACUCAAUACCACCACGCUCUGAUGGUAUCUUAAAAUAAAAUGCCCUCUUGGUAGGACAUACUGGAGAGGAAAAAAAAAAAAAACAAA